CGACCUGCCGGUGGAGAGAGCGGAGCGGGGGCUAGGGCGGGCGCUUCUUCGGGGACAGCAAGGAUCGGUUGGGCCGCGGCGGCACAGUGCUGGCUCGGAGCCGCCGUCCCGGCGGUGCGGCCCACCACAGGGGUGCGGGGAGAGGCGGCUGCGGCAUAGGAGGGGAAGGGCGGGCGGGCGGAGCGGCGGCGCGUUCUCCCCGCUCCGUUCCGGGGGCUCUCGUCCCUCGAAUGUUCAGAAGCCGCCGCUCUGCGCUGUUUCAUUCGGAGGCGCCGCUGCGCUCUCAUUUAUAGCGCAUCCCCUGUGCGUGUGCGCUCCGGAGGGCUUGGGCUGCUCCGCUCACCUACGUCGCUUUAUGCCCGGCUUAACUUUUCUCCCCGUAGCAAUUAAUCCGCAGAAACGUUUCAUUUAGUUACUGCACAAAGGCCUGUUUUUUGAGGAGGCUUCUUGACAAAGCCCCGUGCCCGUCGUUUUCAGCAAUGCAGGCGUUAUUUCAGAGGAGAGACGUUCCCCUUCUCAUCGCGUCUGAUGCCGUGGUUAUGGCCGAGUCAGCUCGACAGGAAUUGUUUCCUGAACGUAAACUGGCAAUAUUCAUGUUAACAUUCUCAGGAGGACGAAGAACCAUACCUUAAAUGUGCAUCUCAAACUUGACAAGCAGAGGCAAGGCUAUUGUCUUGCUGUUUAAUUAUUAGCUUUCUGCUGGUGACCAGCAAGUUCCUCCCGGUUUGCUGUGUAGGACUGUGAAAUGGCAGUCAGGGCUUUAACUGAACUGAACUCCUCGAUGAGCUGCUUCAUUAUAACCCCAUAGAGAUGACUGUUAGAAUCUUGAUCCAUUGUCUGCUCAAGUGUUUUGUCUCUCUGUCCAUCAUCUUCUGCAUUGUAGAAUACAUUCUGUUUGUGACUUGGUAUGAUCUGAGCAGCAUUUUUCUGUCUGCACUAAGUGGGCAUUGUCUGAGAUGUUCUACAGCAGAAUGGUCCAUUUCUGGUUGGCAAUAGAUUUAAACCAGAAAUGAUUUGAUUGCAGCCUUCACUUGUUGCUCAGUAGCAGUUAUCUGGUUGCCAAGACAAAAGCACUUAAGAGAUUAUGUGACCACUGGAGAACAAAAUUUGUUGGGAGGAUUUUUGGGGGUUUGGGUUUUUGUUCGUUUGGGGUUGGUUUUUGGUUUUAGUCUGUUUAAGUAUUCCAGUAAGUGUAAUAAGGUAAUUUAGGUUGCUUGAAGUCCUAUUGGAAGUCUAAGAUACUUGAAUAUUAGAAGGAGUGGCUCCAUCUCGGGUAUUUAUGUUAAAUAGAAAGUCAGAGGAGGGGGGAAAGGAAAUUACAUCACAUUGUCAAAUAAGGAACAGCUAGCUAGAGUGGAUGACUUGUAGUGCAAAAAUGUGCCCCUCCUCCUGUGAAUUGCUUUUGAGAUUCAUUACAGAUACGUGGUGGCAAGGUGAGCAAAAAUAAGUUGUCAAUUUAAGGUAGCCACAUUUUUUUCCCGCCCAGAAGUGUUAAGUAGAUUUCACUCCCACACUUUCUUGUGUCUCACAAGUCAUGCAUGAGCUGUUUGCCAGUGUUGCAUUUAUAAAGUUUGUCCAAGACUGGUGUAGGAAUUCAGGAAAGUCUUCAUAGCAAACUGCAGCCAUAUCCAUUAAGUGAAUCGUUCAUGGACGUUGUACAAACCAGAAUCCAGUUUCCUUUAUUAUGAAACUAGUUUGCCUCAAAUAGGUUGUAGCAAUGGGGCUGGGGAGUGAGCAGGGAACAGAGUAACAAAGUUUUGUUAUCGGUGAUUGUCCUGAGCUGAGGUAUGUGAAGGUGCUGCUUCAUUCCUAAACAGAGGAGUGCUUGUAGUGUGGCUACAGUAAUUAGUGAUCCAUACAGCGUGAAAACUGUAUAUUCAGGAUGUUUUAUGUAACUCAACUUCAGCAUAUCUUCUCGAGAUUUUUCUGAUAUUCACAUAUCCUUUUCUCAUUGUACAGAUACCUUCCUCUACUCCAGUGGGUACACUGGGCAAUUUUCAGCUUAGACUUACCCUUCAGAACAAGUCAGGUGUAUUAAUGGAAUGCAAACUGCAAGAAGCCUGUCACCCCCUGUGAGUUUCUAGAGUUGGGAGACAUCACCAAGAGCAGUACACAAUGUCAACUGCAGGAGUUGCUGCUCAGGAAAUGAGAGUCCCACUGAAAGCUGGAUUUCUUCAUGCUAGUCAAGGCAUGGGGGGUCUGAAAACCUGCUGGGGUAGCCACAGUGGAUUUGAGAAUACUUUCUUUAACGUGGACCCUAUAGCAGUUGCAUAUAACUUGAAUCCAUCAGAAGAGCAACAUUUACCAUCCACUGGGCACUCUUCCAACUGUGUUCCCACAAAUGACCACAGCUUUGCUGAAAGUUGCAUCCAAGUCCCAUCUCAGAAAUCUAGUCCAGCUCCUGUAAGUCCCAAAAAUGAGCAGCCAAUUUCCAGAUAUGAAGACCAGCUCAUUCCUGGCUUUAGUAAACUGUCGUUAACCAUGGGCUAUGUUUCUGAAGAAACACCUCCUCACAUGCCAAUAAAAAAUGGGCCAAUUCAGUUUCUGUCUGCACCUUCCCAUGAUCGUAGCUCCAGGCCGCUGCCCCCUCUGCCCGUUCCCGAGGAUCUUAUUCCAGACGAGGUUGACAGAGAAGUGGAAUUCCUGACUAGCUCAGAUACGGACUUUUUGUUAGAAGAUUAUGGACUUCCUCCUUUUAAAUCCAGUGGCUCGAGUCGGCGGAGCUUUAGAGGUUGUGGACAAAUCAACUAUGCAUAUUUUGAUGCUCCAGCAGGACCAAAAACAGAAGAUGCCAACCCUACACAAAGCCUAAAUGGAUGCAUAUCCAGUAUUUACCCUCCUCCACAGCAGCUGCAUCGACGUUUGCGAAGGUCCCAUUCAGGACCAGCUGGCUCUCUCAAUAAACCAGUAGUGAGACUAUCUGGACAUUUAAACAGGUCUUCUCCAAACUCAGACGAAGAUAAACCAGAGAUCCCCCCAAGGGUUCCCAUACCUCCAAGGGCUCUCAAACCAGAUUACAGAAGGUGGUCAGCAGAAGUUGCUUCUAGUGCAUACAGUGAUGAAGACAGGCCUCCCAAAGUACCCCCUAGAGAACCUUUGUCUCGUAGUAAUUCCCGUACUCCAAGUCCUAAAAGCCUGCCAUCAUACCUCAAUGGGGUUAUGCCUCCCACCCAGAGCUUUGCACCUGAUCCUAAAUAUGUCAGCAGCAAAGCUCUACAAAGACAAAAUAGUGAAGGAUCUUCCAACAGGGUCCCUUGCAUUCUUCCAAUUAUUGAAAAUGGUAAGAAGGCCAGUUCAACACACUACUAUCUGCUGCCUGAAAGGCCUCCAUAUCUGGACAAGUAUGAGAAAUUCUUCAGAGAAGCAGAAGAAACUAGUUCUAAUACAGAGGUUCAAUCCUGGUCUGGUGACUGCAUGGCCACUUCAGUCCCAACAAAACUGGACUCAAAACCUAGAAUGGACAUAGCUGGUCAUCUGAAACGAAAACAUCUGUCUUAUGUUGUUUCUCCAUAGUCUCUGGGAGCACAGCUCAUCUGGGUUGUUGAGGAUGGAGCCAAAUUUUAUCACGUUCAAAAGAUCUUAAGGUUCUCAAAUAUCAAAGUAGGACAGGUUUGUCCUUUGAGAACUAGGUAGUGGAUGGUAAAGUCCUCUUAGGCUGCAUAUCUCUGGUAUGUUUCUUAAGAUUGUUUUUGUCUUGGUAUGUAUAGCUGAAAACUGACAAAGAUUGGACAGAAACAUACAGAGAGAUGGUAGUUGCAGUUGGCCAGUUAUAUGCUACCUUAGAUAAGUGUAUUUGGUAGUCACAUUAUCAAAAAUAAGUCUAAAAAAAUCUAACUUUGCUUACAAGUUCCUUUUAAACCUGACAACAGAGCAGAUAAUGCAGUACAGAUUUUGUAUCAGGCAUUUCUAAGAUUUCUUUUGCACAGUAACUCUGCCAAGAUUCUAUUCUCUUUCACCAUGAUAUGCCAGCCUGGUAAGAAGGUGACUGCAAGAUCACUUAGAUAACUGAUAACUUGCAGGCCUGUUGAGCAUAUUGAAAGUACUUUUAGAAUGUUGAAUCCAUUUUACAACUUAAUUGGUAACCAGUAGAAUUACUUUCAAAGUGAAGCAGCGUGGAACUGAGAUAGGCUUCAUGGAUUCUUUUAGUUCCUAGAUACUUGGCUUAAUUUUGCAGUUCUUCCUAUGAGAGACACAGACCGGAUAUUGCUAAGCUUCUGCUGCUGCUCCCUUCCCGCUGGAUCCUAGAAAGGUGUGAAAGUGUCAUAAAAGUGGCAGAGGAUAUGAGCAAGUACAUGAUUACUAUAAGUAGGCCACAACAACUACAUGUUCAUCUUGCAUCUGAAAUUGGGUGUAUUAAACAUAACACAAGCUGGUCUUGUGUUCUGGUUUUUGUUCAGUAUUUUAGGAGAGAAGGAGAGUAUGGGGAAAAUAUGAUUCCACUUAUGAACAGUGUCACUCGUAUCUGUCUGCUUCAGACACUGUUUCAUUCUGUUCAAUUUUUCCUCAUUCUGCCUCUGUGCUCUAGUAAAGUUCAUUGAGUUGCCAUGUUUGUGCGUUAGCAGUUUCUCAUGAUUACAUUUAUCCUCUUGCAGAUAAGCACAGAAGAAAGGGUGCUCUCUAACGGAGGUACAAAAGAUGAAUGUGUUCCUCCUAACAGAAAUAGACGAGCUGUUUACAAUUUGAACUGCUGAAUGAGAUGUUUGAGCUAUUUUAAAGCUUACUAUUUGUUUUAGUACAAACUAAAUGAAGGUGAAAUACAUGCUAUAGAAAUGCACUGAUAUUUCUGCAUCAUGUACAGUAUUGAUUAAAGAAGAAUUCACUUUGUAUUUUGAAUAUUGUCAUGUUUUGAGUUUAAUAAAGUUAUAAUAUACUUAUUUAUGAUA